AUGGAUGAUAAAGUUUGGGAUAAUAUUUCUGAUACAAAUUUAGAAAUAGUUAGUACUUUUAAUAAUAUGUUCACUAGUUCUAAUAGAACUCCUUCAACAGCUCCCUCAACAGUUCCAUCAGCUUCAACAAUUUCUCUUGAUGAAGAUCAAUCAUAUCAAUUUUUACAUGAUAGAUCUACAGGAAAUAUGGCAAACUAUCUUUGUGAAAAGCAUGACAUUCAUAAAAGAAUAGAUAAGAUGAAAGAUAAAUUUAUUCAAUUAACUAUACCACAAGUAAUAGAAAAGUUAGUUAAAAAAAAAUUUAAUUUGCAUGUUUCAAACAAGUGA